CUUCCGUAUUUUACUAACUAUUAGGGGCUGGAAACUACCUAGAAAAAAACUGCUUCCAAUCAAUAACUUUGGAAGUUCCCCCUAACCAAAAAACAAGAAGUAAUCUUUGGAAGUUCCCCUUGGGAUUUUCAACAAGACACUCUUCAAUCCGGCUUUGACAUUGUAACUUUUGUCAAAGCCAUAAUCUCUUCCAACUGCUAAUCACCUAAAUCUUAAUGUACAUACAUACAUUGUAUCAAUAUAUUGAUUAAAAAUCUUCAUAUAGGCAAAAGCCAAAACCACCUUGUUUUACAUAUAGCUUUCCAUCUCUCGCACCAUUUCUUGUUUUGUCUCAGCCAUGUCUGGAGGGUGUGCCUGCUGCUUCUGCCUGCUCUGCAACACUUUCCUCUGCUUCACCCUAGCCUUCUUCAUGUUCUGCUACAUCUUGACUUCUGAUGAGCCCAAAUUCAGGGUCACCGAUGCCUCUCUGACCCAAUUCAAUUUUAACAACACCGACAACAGCACUCUCCACUACAACCUUGCACUCAACAUCACCAUCAGAAACUCGAACAAGAAGGUUGGCAUAGACUAUCGUCGCAUUCAAGUAAUUGCUAACUAUAGAAAGAAGACGUUUGCUAUGAUGAAUUUGACUUCCGCACCAUUUUACCAAGGCCAUAAGAACACGACCACUUUGCAUGCAGUUCUUGAAGGGCAGCAGUUGGUGGUGUUUGGGGAAAGUGACAUUUCCCAAUUUAACUCGGACACUACUGCCAGCAUUUACAGUAUUGAUCUGCAGCUUGCUCUUCAGGUAAGAGCCAGGUACUUUAGUUCCAAGACAGCCGAAUACCCGUCUAGCAAGAUCGACUGCAAACUGCAGGUCCCUUUGAGUGAUAAUGAAACAUCCCCAAGUGGUUUCAAUGUAACAAUGUGCUGGAAUGUUCAUAUCUUGACAGAUCAUGGGGACUAACCAUAGAUUUGACAUUUAUAGUACUGUACUAGGAGCCUUUUUAACAUACUCUUCCAAAUAUAUAUAAGUUUUUACUCAUUUCACUCCUACGGAAGAGGCCUCCCUCAAACAGAAGUCCAGAAUUCAGUGACUGAAGCUGGGGGAUAGUAACACAGGGUUUUUCUUUGCUCAGGCUAAUGUAUGUAAUGUGGUGUUCAGACCAUUUGCUGCCCUCACCCUAGCACACUUUGUGUUGCGAGAGUGGCGUUUAUUUUUGCAUUUUUCAUAUUUGUUGGAUUAGCAUGUCUCCUUUCUUCUGGAAUCUGAAAUCUAAUUUCAUGGUGAUUCUCACCUAACAAACAGGAUGGAAAGAUCUCAAAGUAGCCAAAAUCACAAAUUGGCGAUACACCAUCAUCUUCCGCAUUGAUUAAAAAUCGACCCUGCAUCUAGUGUUAAGGUAGAUGAUAGAAAGUUUUAGGGUUGAUCAUCAUCCCUAGAAGUUUAGCAUAUUGUUUAAUGUGUUCAUCCCAUUUUACUUCCAUGAUUUUUGGUUUAUUUUUACCUUCUUUUUCUUUUUUUUUUUUUUCUCACAUGGACUAAGUUCGUCAUCUUACAAUCAGUUAAAAAAAUCAUGCCAUUAUAAUUUUCAAGAAACAGGCUCCAUUCUAUCCGUUCAAUUUUUGAAGUAAAGGAGUUUACCUGCUCAAGCAAUCGGGAGACAUAGCAUACCAAACCCGCGACCCAUAUUCAGGAAGGUAGCCAUAUUGAGUACCAUAAACAGCUUCAAUCCAAAUUAUCCAAAUAGUAACCACACUACAAAA